UUGGCUGGUUAGACAAAGAUUUGAAAAAAUUUGAACGGAGGGGCGGGAUAUAGUAUGCCGCCCAGAACCUGAAUGAUAAAAUAACCAAACGGAGCUGGAGAGCUGAGGGGACAGAGCGAAUUUAUCCGAAAACACCGGCAACCCAGCCCCCCGAAUCCAGACAUGGCUUCUCAGAACAUGGACCCCGCCGCGGCCCCGUCCGCCGCCGCUCUGAAGGGCAGCGAGACCGGCGGCAGCGCGACCAAGGGCUCGGUGUCCAAGAGAUUGCAGCAGGAGCUGAUGACGUUAAUGAUGUCUGGGGAUAAGGGCAUCUCCGCUUUCCCGGAAAGCGAUAACCUCUUUAGGUGGAUCGGGACUAUAGAUGGAGCUAAAGGAACGGUGUACGAGGGCCUGCGGUACAAGCUCUCGCUGGAGUUCCCCAGCGGAUACCCCUACCAGGCGCCCCGCGUGAAGUUCGUCACUCCCUGCUUCCACCCCAACGUGGACGAGCAGGGCUUCAUCUGCCUGGACAUCCUGAAGGAGAAGUGGUCGGCCCUGUACGACGUGCGCUCCAUCCUGCUGUCCGUGCAGAGCCUGCUGGGAGAACCCAACAACGACAGCCCCAUGAACACGAUGGCGGCUGAGUUAUGGGCGAACCAAGAAGCCUAUAGAGCCCAUUUGCACUCGACGUAUAAGAACUGACCCCUGGGGCUCGGCCUGUCCUGUCUCUUGUAUGUCUGAUAUUUGAAUGUACCUUCCUGUCUGUUGCCUUCUCAUUAUGUAAAUUCAUUUUAAUUUUUUUGUAUUAACUUAUGUGAAUAAAGAGAUGUCUUGUAAAAUCCA